GCAGACUGCAAAGCCGACUAAGAAUUUUGAAACGGCCCCGUCACGGUGUCGCAGAUGCAAAGAAGCGGGUUUUUACACCAGUUGUGAUGUUGGCAAAGUUCCUUGCCAGAUCAUCGCUCUGCUUGAACGGCUCAGUCACCGUAGCUAGUGAUCUGGCAAAAACUUGAAGCUGAGUCUGGUGAUUGCCUGCAGUGGAGCGGUUUGGGGAGGCGCUGCGGCUAUCAAGAGGAGGUAGACCCAUGGAGUCUUUCAGGUGUUUUUGACAACGAGAGCCUCUGGCCGCAUUAACCUUUUGGACCUCUGCAGCGCUUCGUUCCUUGGUCGUGCCGCACCUGACAACUUACCACCACCAUUUUUGGAAAGUUGUGUAUAAGCAAAGGAAGGCCGUCGUUCUACAAUCUCUAGGAGAGUAGGUACCCACCAAGUCACUAACCAGCAGAGGAGUUAUAGGCACAGCAAAACAUUGACGCCGCCUGUUGACUUGGUAAGCUAGUGGCAAGGAAGAAAAGUUGUGAGCUUGGCCCUUAAAAGUGCACUUGUAAUGCCGGGCCUGUCGGCAGCUGAGCUGAGCUUCUUGGAAGGUGGGAUCGCCCAGGACCUGCGCAAUGAUGGGAGGGGGCGGGAGGAUUUUCGUAGCUUCUCGAUCCAACUUGAUGUUAUCUCUCAGGCGAGUGGAUCUGCGCGGGUGCGCCUAGGGGCUACUGACAUCCUUGCAAGCAUCAAGGCAGAGCUAGGCAGCCCGCCGGCAGAGUUCCCCCACCUGGGGCGGUUGGAGCUUGCAGUGGAGAUCUCCCCUACAGCGGGGCCUGAGUUCGAAGGUCGCGGAGGGGAGGAGCUGUCUGCAGAGCUGGGCAAGGCCCUGGAGCGAAGCUUUGCAGGGGGGGCAAACGGCACAGGGGCCGCGGUGGACCUGGCUGCGCUGUCAGUGGUGGAGGGCAAGACAUGCUGGGUGCUGUACGCCGACGUGCUCGUACUAAAUGCGGAUGGCAACAUCCUGGACGCAUCUGCGAUCGGGAUCAAGGCGGCGCUGAGCAACACACGCAUUCCAAAAGUGGAGGUCCUCGCAGGGGAAGGGGACGAGGAGGGCGAGCUUGAGCUGAACGACGACCCCGACGAGUGCGCGCGCGUCAGCACCGCCGCAGUCCCCCUCAUCGUCACGCUGACCAAGGUUGGCCGGCACUAUAUAGCGGACGCCACAGGGGACGAGGAGGCGCAGAUGAGCUCCGCCCUUUCGGUCGCCGUAAACGAGAAGGGGCAGCUGUGCGGAGUUACCAAGAGGGGGAGUGCCGGGAUCGACCCGAGCGUAAUCUCGGACAUGUUGUCCGUUGCGAGACGGAUAGGGAAGCGGCUGCUAGCUAAAGUCGAUGCCGAAAUAAGUUUAGCAGAGUCCAGACUGGAAUCAGAGACUUGAUUUUGUAUGGCAGGGCGGGCCCUAUGCGUUCAAAGUCAUGCAUCGUCGAAGCUGGUCCAUGGCCAUACUAAGCUCCGCUGCAGCGUAGAAUUGCAAACUUAGCGUUCCACGUCGUCCUCCCUUUCAACCGUCUCCUCAAUAGCCAC